AUGGCUUCUCUGUUAUCGAACACUAUCUCUCACUUUUCUCCAAAGCCCAUUAAAGAUUCACCAAAAUUGAACAAACCCUUUUCUUUUCAGAUAAACCCCAUCUUUUUUAAGCCUUCAAAAUCGAAUCCUUUCAAGAUCCGUGCUGAUGUUGGGUUUGAAUCCAAGACAGUGAAGACCGUUCCAGGUAAUUCAGAGACAAUCAGUACUUCUUCUACUAGUUCUGAUGAUAAGAUUAGAGAGAUUUUAAGAAAUCGUGAUUACAAGAAGAAGUUUGGCUUUACAAUGGAUAUUGAUUCGUUUUCAAUUCCUAAAGGUCUUUCAAAGGAAACAAUAAGGUUAAUUUCUUCAGUUAAAGAAGAACCUGAUUGGAUGCUUGAGUUUAGGUUGAAUGCUUUUGAGAGGUUUAUGAAACUGAAAGAACCUAAAUGGUCUGAUAAUGAAUACCCUGUUAUUGAUUUUCAAGAUAUUUGUUAUUAUUCUGCUCCUAAAAAGAAACCUACUUUGAAUAGUUUAGAGGAAGCUGACCCCGAACUUAUUAAGUAUUUUGAUAGAUUGGGGGUUCCUUUGACGGAAAGGAAUAGAUUGGCUAAUGUUGCUGUCGAUGCUGUUCUUGAUAGUGUUUCUAUAGCUACUACUCAUAGGAAGACUUUAGAGAAGGCUGGUGUUAUAUUUUGUUCAAUUUCAGAGGCGAUACAGAAGUAUCCUGAUUUAGUUAGGAAGUAUUUGGGGAGCGUUGUGCCUAGUGGGGAUAAUUAUUAUGCUGCUUUGAAUGCUGCUGUCUUUAGUGAUGGGUCAUUCUGCUAUAUACCGAAAGACACCAAGUGUCCGAUGCAGAUUUCUACUUAUUUUAGGAUUAAUGCGAUGGAGACUGGACAGUUUGAGAGGACUUUGAUUGUUGCUGAUGAUAGGAGUUUUGUGGAGUAUUUGGAGGGGUGUACUGCACCUUCGUACGAUAAAAAUCAGCUUCAUGCUGCUGUUGUUGAGUUGUAUUGUGCUGAGGGUGCGGAGAUUAAGUACUCCACGGUGCAGAAUUGGUAUGCUGGCGAUGAGAAAGGAAAUGGUGGGAUUUAUAAUUUUGUUACAAAGAGAGGAAUUUGUGCAGGGGAUAGGUCUAAGAUAUCUUGGACUCAAGUGGAGACAGGGUCUGCCAUCACCUGGAAGUACCCCAGUGUUGUUUUGGAGGGGAAUGAUACUGUGGGAGAGUUCUAUUCUGUUGCGUUGACAAAUAAUUAUCAGCAGGCAGAUACGGGAACGAAGAUGAUUCAUAAGGGUACGAAUACUAGAAGUCGAAUUAUUUCAAAGGGUAUUUCUGUUGGGCAUUCUAGAAACUGUUAUAGAGGACUGGUUCAGAUUCAGUCAAAGGCAGACAAUGCUCGAAACUCCUCACAAUGUGACUCAAUGCUUAUUGGUGACACUGCAGCUGCCAACACCUAUCCUUAUAUUCAGGUGAAGAAUCCCACUGCUCGUGUUGAACAUGAAGCCAGCACCUCCAAGAUUGGUGAAGAUCAGCUAUUUUACUUUCAGCAAAGGGGAAUCGACUAUGAAAAAGCAAUGGCAGCCAUGAUUUCUGGGUUUUGCCGAGAUGUCUUCAAUGAACUUCCUGAUGAAUUUGGUGCUGAGGUGAACCAACUGAUGAGCUUAAAGCUUGAGGGAUCAGUGGGUUAA